CCUCCAUCUCAGCCCCCUGCUCAGGGACGGUGGACAGAUUGCCUACUGGGACUUUCUGGGUUGCUGGGUCCAUGGGGAGGAGUUAGGGGCAGGAACAGCAAUUCCUUCCCCCUGGCUUGGGGCGAGGGCUUUCUCUUCUCAGUGCCUGCUGUCUUUUUACUUUUUAAUUUAAAUACCCAACCUCUCCAUCACAGCUGCAUCCCUGAGAGUGGGAGGGAGCUGCAGUGGCAGCUGGGACCCCGGGGAGUGAGUAGGGGAAUCUCAUCUCCACUCUUCAGAGAGCAGUCCUUUCUCUGUGCAGCUGGAGAAACCGAUGAGCAGAGCUGGGUCUGCGUGGGGAGGGGCUCUCAGGUGCUUCUGGGUUGGGCUAAACAAGCCUACAGAGACAGAGGUGCAUGGGUACCAUCCGGAACUUCAGCCCCCAGCCCUCUUCGUCUCAUCAGUGUGUUAAGUGCAAUGACCUACUUAAGAGUAAACCCAUUCCACCUACACCACUUCGGGGCUUAUCCAAGCACUGCCUCCCUCCCACUCUGUCCGGGGUGCCUGGACCUUAAGCUCAACUUGAGAGGGAAGGCCUUGGGUUGAGGGCUUGUGAUCAGAAGAACUGAAGAUGGAAGUUUUGGUCAGUGCUAAUGGGUAUUAGACAUGAGUCCUCACCCUAUGUUCUGAGCCUGAGUCAUUUUUCUUCCAAUCACCCUGCUCCCACACACUUAUCCCAGAUGUGACAACAUGCGGCCUGCCGGUCCCAGCUCCCACCCUAAAGGUUAUCCUGCCAACACCACCAGACUUGGGGGCCCAAGGGCAGUGCCUGGUGCCGCUCCCAUCUGCUGUCCCCCCCUCUCUCCUGCAAUUGGUUUGUACUCAUUGGGCUGUGCUCUCUCUUCCCUGUUUACCUGAUGUAUGGAAAUAAAUGUCCUUUUCCUCCUGGC